UCCGCAACCGGAAGAGAUUUCGGGCGGAGUGUUGGGAUCGGAUCACCUAUGUGUUAAGACUUUUCUGACCUUUGGAGUUUGGUAACUCUUGUGGCGUUAUCUGUCCGCUCUAGCGCUUCGUGGUUUGAGUGCUCGGAGGCGCUGCCUUUCCGCUGCCUCGCCUUUCGAUCGGGGUUGCGUUAACCAGGCGACGACUUCGAGUUUGGUGGCGGGCGCGAUGUUAACACCUUUUAACCUGUUGCGAGCGAGCUUUUCAGCUUGCGUAGGAGAUUCUCCCUUCUGGAGGUGACUUAAAUAUCACUUUAGGCUGGCACCACUUAUAUCCCUCCAGCGUGGGUCACCUUGUCCUCGGGGACAGAUAACUGGUUGUUAAGGGGGAAAUCUACCCUCCUCUUGCUCUUUCUUUUACGAGCACCCUCGGUACAAGCCCAUUGUAAUUCAUCCCAAUCUGAGCAGCUGAGCCGGAGGAGAGUUUUCGUAGGGUUUGCUCUGUCAGUACCGGCGGCAGUAGAUGCCGCCUGCUGAGCGCCGCUGCAUGAGGGCGCGUCAAGUAUCACCACUUACACCGGUUGGGAGGGAUUGAGAAUGCCUUGCGAAUUAAGCCCCUGCACCAUGGCAAGGUGCCUGCUAUUCGCAGAGGAUACUCAAAGCGAUCUGGUCGUAAUAAAUUCAAAUCUGGGCAAGCGCAGCUGAUUAAAAUCGUCGUACAAUACUUUCAAAUAAAGUUUUUCGCACUAUAAUGGGUGCACGAUAUAAUCCAUUAGAUCUCUCCUACGAUUCUAUUGAUCUCACCUUAAUUUUUGUGAAAUAUUUUGCAUUGACCUUCAACAUCAUGGCUUUUUCAACAAAUUUAUUUAUUGUAUUUUAAUAAUAAGACAGAUACUAAAUGAAACUGAACUUCCUAACGGUAGUACUCCAUAAAUCAAAAUUUUACCGCUACAACAACAUCUCGAUAAAUCGUCUAUAUUAAAGCUCUAGACUGAAUUCAAUCACUGAAAUGUUAAAUAAAAGUUAAAAAUCAAUAGCUAUACAUUUAUUUUUAUUUCUUAUUCAAGCAACUUAGCGCUUUUUUAUUAUUCGAGUUUCCAGCUUUUUAUUUAUAAGUCAUUUACUCUUAACUCGGCAGCACUCUACCUUGAACUGUGUUUGCUGUGUGGCAAUGUUCUGCUAUUCGAACAUUUGGCCAAAAACAAAUUUCGCUGUCUUGAUUCUAUUUUAUUCUGGCGGGUUCACCACAUUACCUUGUUCUAUAACAUCGGUUGGACAUAUUAAUUGAAUGUGCAACCGUCUAAUAACACAUCCAAACAAAAAGUGCAACAUAUGUAUAGUAUGUACGUACACCAGCUAACAUAUUCUAAAACGUAAUUGCAGAUUAAACAUUCCAAAAAGAUUUGCGUAUUUUUAAGCUUUACUCAGUUUUGUGUCACUUAUUUCGUUUUUGCGUUCAUAUUGACCAUUUUACUAUCUGAUCUGGUCCAUCCAACAGCGGGGUUUCAAUAAUUCUUUUGUAUCGGACUGCUUUCAGCACGCAAAAGAACUACGGACAUCCUGGUGAAAAAACCGAAUUUCCGCUCACGGAUUAUAAUUUUCGCAGUAUAUUUGGGAUUUAAAAUAGUAUCACCAAAAUUCGGAGUUAAAAUAAAAGGAAAUCUUUAGUGUCGCAUACCCCCGAAUUCCGGGAUAAAAUGGAUUUUAAUAUGAGCAACUGUAGCAAUUCUAUAAGUAAUUGUCCAAAUUCUGACUUCAUAUUCCGAAAGCCUUGUUCAUAUAGUUCACCUGUAACGGAAACGGAAGAUGUGGAUGAUCGGGAUGAUGAUAUGACUUUCUGCAUGUCAAAUUAUGCCAAAGAAGUUUUAAAGAUGAUGUUUAUGAUGAGAUCUCAUAAUAUGCUUACAGAUGUUGUAUUGGAGGUAAAACAAGAAUUAUUUCCAGCACAUAAAGUGGUUUUGUCGGCAGCAUCACCUUAUUUUAAAGCUAUGUUUACAGGAGGUUUAAAAGAAUCAGAAAUGUCACGUGUUCAACUACAAGGAGUGUGUCCCACCGCCAUGGGUCGAAUAAUUUAUUUUAUGUAUACGGGACAUAUACGUGUAACAGAAGUGACAGUCUGUCAGUUGCUACCUGCGGCAACAAUGUUCCAAGUGCCCAACGUUAUAAACGCAUGUUGUGCUUUCUUAGAGAGGCAAUUGGACCCAACCAAUGCUAUUGGUAUCGCCAGUUUCGCAGAACAGCAUGGGUGUUUAGAUCUUCAGAAGAAAGCCAACUAUUUCAUAGAGAGACAUUUUACACAGGUUUGUCAAGAAGAAGAGUUUUUACAGUUGUCCGCUUACCAACUGAUUGCGCUAAUUCGACGCGACGAGCUAAAUGUUCAAGAAGAGAGGGAAGUAUAUAAUGCCGUACUUAAAUGGGUUAAAUACGAUGAAGAAAAUCGUUAUCCAAAAAUGGAACAUAUACUUUAUGCUGUUCGGUGUCAGUUUUUGACACCAAAUUUCCUUAAGGAACAAAUGAGAAAUUGCGAUGUGUUACGAAAAGUGCCCGCAUGUAGGGAAUAUUUAGCAAAGAUAUUUAAAGAUUUGACUUUACACAAACGACCAGUAGUAAAGGAGCGAACACCAAAUACGACUCGAAUGAUUUUUGUAGCAGGAGGAUUUUUCCGACAAUCAUUAGAUAUUCUAGAAGCAUAUAAUGUUGAUGAUAAGACAUGGACAACUUUGCCAAACUUACGGAUUCCUCGAUCUGGCCUUGGUGCUGCAUUCUUGAAAGGCACUUUCUAUGCUGUCGGCGGGCGUAACAAUUCAAUUGGGUCUUCUUACGAUUCAGAUUGGGUGGAUCGAUAUAACACUUCGACAGAACAAUGGCGUCCAUGUGCUCCAAUGACAGUGCCACGACACCGAGUAGGCGUGGCCGUAAUGGACGAAUUGAUGUAUGCAGUUGGUGGAUCCGCAGGUUCGGAAUAUCACAGUUCAGUUGAAUAUUAUGAUCCGGAUCAAGAUCGCUGGACACUUGUGCAACCCAUGCAUGAAAAACGUUUAGGAGUUGGAGUGGUUGUUAUUAAUCGCUUAUUGUAUGCUAUUGGAGGUUUUAACGGUUCCGACCGCCUUACAACUGUAGAAUGCUAUCAUCCUGAGAAUAACGAAUGGACUUUGGUCCACCCAAUGCAGUAUGAACGAAGUGGUGCCGGUGUUGCUGCUAUAAACCAAUAUAUUUAUGUCGUUGGAGGAUUUGACGGAACGCGUCAACUUGCUACGGUGGAACGGUAUGACACUGAAAAUCAAGUUUGGGAACUAGUAGCCCCAGUGCGAGUUGCUCGAAGUGCUCUUUCACUUACUUCUUUAGAUGGAAAACUAUAUGCUAUUGGGGGAUUUGAUGGUACAAACUUUCUUUCUAUUGUCGAAGUUUAUGAUCCUAAGACAAACACUUGGGAACAAGGUACUCCUCUCAAUUCUGGGCGUUCGGGUCACGCUUCCGCCGUGAUAUACCAACCAUCUUGUGCUACAAAUUUUAUGGAUUGUAUAGACAUUGGAACAUCUAAGCGGGAUGGCAGUGAUUUUUGUCACGAUCAAACACCAGGAAGUAGCAAAACUAGUCAAACAGGACAUCAAUUUGAUAGUACAAAUAAUGUGGGCUCCUCUUUCCACUAUCGUACAUCUUUUGGUGGGAAUAACUGCCGAAAUUGUGACUGUGAUUUAAAAUCAAGAGAGGAUAUUAAAAAUGAAUGUUCUAAUGAAUAUAAAACCAGAUUAUUAACUUUUUUUGAAAAUUCUUUUUAUGUGAGUUUAUUAAAACAACAUUUAAAUUCGAUAUCUUUGUUGGGCCUUUCGGUGAUUAUUUCGGAAGAGAAUUGGAAAUGCAGUCAAUAUUAUUAUCGCUUACUUGUUAUGCUAAGUUAUUUGAAAAAAAGGAUCAGUGGGUUUGAGUUUUAUAGGUAUUUUCAUGAACUGCGGGAAAGGAAUUGUAAGCAAAAUAUUCUAAAAUGAUAGAUUCAUAUAUGUGGGAUCAACUCUCUAGAUUUUAAGUUUUAUUUAGUUAGCGUAAUAAUUACGUUAUGAAUCUGUCGUUCAAUUUAGUAGGUAAAACGUAUUUAAUUGUGAUAAUCCUGUUUUUUUCAGAAUAUGAGAAUUGUGUGGUAAAAUAAUAAAUAAGAAAUUAAAUAG